UUUUCCGUUAUUGUUGUCUUGAUCAACAUUUGAAGUUUUCCUUGUCCUCCAGGUCCCCCCAAACAAAAUAUAAUAAUUUUUAGUCAUAUUCUUCAAGGCGUGCUCACAAGUUUCUUCUUUAAUUUUUCCUAUAUACGUCUUCAUUUUAUGGUGGGGACUUGGUGAUUCAUUUCAUUAAUUUCUUCUCAUAUUUAUCAAUAUUUCACUUUUUAGAUUGCUGUUGGAGUCUGCUAUAUCAUUUUGAUGCUUUGAAAUGGGUAAGAAGGGAAAUUGGUUUUCAUCGGUGAAAAAGGCGCUUGGUUCGGGUAACAAAAAGAAAGAUAAGAAGAAACAGAAAUCAGAGAAAUGGUCCGAAAAGCAACAGAACGACGAGUUGGAUUCUUCGAAUGCAGAAACUGCAUUAGUGAGUCCUGCACCUCCUACUCCUCCGCAGGUAGAGCAGAUGAAAUUGAUGGAAGCAGAGAAUGAGCAGAACAAGCAUGCGUAUUCGGUAGCUAUUGCCACUGCUGUUGCUGCAGAAGCAGCUGUUGCUGCUGCUCAAGCUGCUGCUGAGGUUGUUCGCCUCACAGCUGCAGCCUGUAGCUCGGGUCAAUCAAAGGAAGAGAUUGCAGCUAUAAGAAUACAAACAGCUUUUCGAGGAUACUUGGCUAGGAGAGCAUUGAAGGCGUUGAGAGGAUUAGUGAGGUUGAAGGCAAUGAUUCAAGGUCAAUCUGUGAAACGACAAGCCACAUCAACCUUAAGGUGCAUGCAGACUCUAGCUCGUGUUCAAUCACAAGUUCGUGCCAGAAGAAUUAGAAUGUCAGAGGAGAAUCAGACACUCCAGAGACAGCUCCAACAGAAGCAUGAGAAAGAGCAAGAGAAGCUGAAAGCAUCUUCCUCUGGAGAUGAUUGGAAUGACAGUACACGGUCCAAGGAACAAGUUGAUGCAAACCUCCAGAUGAAGCAGGAGGCUGCCACAAGAAGGGAAAGAGCUUUGGCUUAUGCAUACACACAUCAGCCAACACGGAGGAAUCCUUCAAAAUCUACAAAUCAAACAUUCAUGGACCCAAAUAAUCCCCACUGGGGCUGGAGUUGGUUGGAACGUUGGAUGGCAGCACGGCCAUGGGAAGAUAAAUGUGCAAUGGAUAAAGAACCUAACAGUGACGAGGUCGCUGCAGAGAGCCCAGCAAGCCAGUCCACUGCUGUGGCUGCUAUCACUCAUCGUGAUUUCCACCUAGACAAUAGGCCUUCUCCAACAGCUCAUAAGCAAAACCGUCCUCCUAGCCGCCAGUCACCGUCAACACCUAGAUCAAAGACCGGACGAAUAAGGCCAGCAAGCCCCAGGGUGAGUAAUGUGGAUGAUGACUCUAGAAGCAUGGCGAGUGCACAGUCAGAACGCUGCAGGAGGCAUAGCAUUGCUGGUUCAUCAGUUAGAGAUGAUGAAAGUCUGGCAAGUUCCCCAUCUGUUCCAAGUUACAUGGCUGCAACAGAAUCAGCACGAGCAAGGUCCCGCUUACCAAGUCCUUUGGGUUUCGAAAAGAUAGGGACACCAGAGAAGGGAAGUGUUAGUUCUACGAAGAAGCGAUUGUCGUUCUCAGCAUCCCCUGGUGGUGUACCAAGGAGACACUCUGGUCCACCAAAGGUAGAGAUAUAAAUUACCUAAAGCAUCCUAGUGCCGUAAGGAGCACUUGAGAUAGCAGGAAAAUCAAGAAGUUAGACCGUUUACUUGACUUGUCAUUCCUAAAACUAUUCUCAUGAGUGUGCAUAUUGAAUAACGGUGAGCUGUAACUACAGAGGGACGGAGGAGAUAAUUGAGUAUUGCGGCAUUGUAUUUGAGUGUUAUUUUCAUCUACUCACCAACAUGUUUCUAACCUUAUUGCAUAGCUACAGCAAAAGUUUGUGUGCUACACUGCUAGUGAUCAUAUUUAGUGUCAUUAUUUGCUUUACAGUGAUGGUGUUCUUGGGUGUGCUCUUCUUUCGUGUUAUUUUUCCUCUCUUUUUGAGUGCUAUAUUGAAAAUUUUAGAUGUUGGUAAUCUCCAGCCAUUCUGGUGUUACUAUAUACAUUGUAAUAUCUAUAUGUGUUGCUGUUAAUGUAUGGCUUAUUUGUCA